AUGAUCGGACAAGUUAUUGGAAGCUACAUCCCGACCACGCUGGGAUGGCGCUGGUUGGAGUGGAUCAUGCUCAUCUUUGGUGGAUUUAUGUUCAUUAUCAUGCUUCUCUUUCAGCAGGAAACCCAUCAGGAUCUUCUUCUAACCUGGAAGGCGGCCGCCGUUAGGAAGUAUUCUGGUCAACAAUAUUGGAGAGGGCCGGCCGAGGUCCGCGAAACGUCUCUAUGGCAGCGGUUGAAGAUCGCCGUGUCCAGACCAUUCGUCUGGAUUAUCACAGAGCCAAUCAUCAUUCUCACCUCCCUCUACCUCAUCGUCAUUUACGUCGUCCUCUUUCUUUUCCUCGAGGGAUACCGGUUCAUCUUCGAAGGCACGUACCACUUUUCCCAGGGCUUAAACAAUCCACACAUCAGCGUCUGGUCGCCCAUCAUCGCGUCCGCGGUCUUUGGAUUUGGCAUCACGACUGUCUUCGUUAGCGCCCAUCUAUAUGUGAUCGACGCCUACGAGAAGGGCGCGGCGUCCGCCUUUGCCAUGCUCGUUAUGCCCCGAUAUCUCGCGUCUGGUCGGAUCACAUGCGGUUGUCCAUGA